CAUUUCCAAAGAUGGCACGAACCAAGCAGACGACCCCAAAGAACGUGAAGGACAGCAAGCUCCCUCGUAAGCACAUACUGGCGGCUAAGAAGACAGUAGCCGGGAAGAAGAUGGCCUCGAAGCCAGUGGCGUUUGUGAAGAAGCCACACAGGUAUCGCCCCGGCACCGUGGCGUUGCGAGAGAUUCGGCGGUACCAAGUGUCGACCGAGUUGCUGAUCCGCAAGCUACCGUUCCAGCGCCUCGUGCGCGAAAUCGCUCAAAACGUGCGGUUGGACUUGCGCUUCCAAGGCUCUGCGCUGGUCGCCCUCCAGGAAUCCGCUGAAGCGUACUUGGUGUCGCUGUUUGAAGACUCGUACCUGUGCACGAUGCAUGCAAAACGUGUGACGUUGUUGCCGCGGGACAUGCAUUUGGCGCGUCGGUUGCGCAAAGAGCGCGAUUAGAAGAUCCAAGAAUCCGUCCAUAUGAGCUUAAUUUAACAAUCGUCGACAUAUCCCAUA